AUGGCGACAUCACAAUUCCAUGGCUUUUUCUCGCUUCCUCUCGAGAUUCGCCAGGAAAUCUAUAAACUCGCCACGCCACCCCGCGUUGUGCAUGUCAAACACUUCACAGAAGAAGAUUACGAGACUUUCAACGAGAAUCUAAGGCUGACACCAAACUACCUUCACCUCGAUGAAGCGCUGGCCCAUUUCUCUUUCAAUUGGAGGAAUCGGAUCCCAAGCCACAGCAAUCAGCAGACGCUCGAAGCCUUUGGCUUCUCGAGUAACAGGUUGCCCUACCGGCCUUGGACAGGCACAUCCACCCCUAGAAUUUGUCUCCAUUUGUUGGCGCAAGAUCCACAGACUGCAUGGCAGCUCGUUAGGAAGGGCUACCUAUACAGUCAAGCUCCGAUUCCUGCGCUUUUGCAUACGUGUUCAGAGUCUCGGGAUGAGUUAAUCAAGCGAGGCUACCGGCUCGCAUUCAGCACACGAUCGAGCGGGCCCCGGACAUGGUUCAACUAUGAUCACGACAUCUUGCUUCUCUCUCGUGAAGAUCUUGGGCAGACUGAUCAUCGCAUCCUGAGUGGUUGCCACUGGGAUCUCAGUCAAUUCGACCCUGAAGAUAUGCGAAGAGUCAGAAGGGUUGCUCUGGAGAGAUCUACUGGAUCUCUGUUUCUUGCACAUCCACGCUUCAGGGAGACCCACUUCAAGUUUCAUGACUUGACAUCUGUGCUGAGACUGUUUGGGCACAUCAGCGAACUUUUCUUGGUAGAAUGGACAAAUGAGCAUAUGAUGGAGAUGUGUGUGCUUGAAGAUAAGAAAAGUCUUCAGAAACGGCAUAGUUACGACUCUCGAGGCUCCUGGAGCUAUCAAGAUGUUACAGAGGUUGACUCUCUUCUCCAAACUUUCCCCCGUGAUGGAUCCUCACCCUGCUGUGUAGGAUCUAUCGGAGCAGACGGCGAACUCUUGUACGAUUCUACGGAUUUGGAAGAAUCUAGCUACUUCAAGCUAGUCACAACAUCACUUAGAGAGCAGCUGCUAGACCGCCGCAGGAAGCUAACUGCGAGAGAGGCAAAUGAGGAUGCUUGGUGGGAAAUACCAAUAAUCAAAACUGUUCAUGUCAUGACAGAUUGGGGGCAUGAGACUCUGUAUCGAGAACGAUCAAGGGUCCUCCAAAUGGUUGCCAACUGUCGACAAAUCUGGCUGAUUCAAGGAGACACGCAGCGGAACAAUGUCCACUUUUCAUUACAAGAAGCGGGUUUUAAUUAUGAAGAGGAUGAGAGUCUCUAUGAAGAGAUACUAUGUGCAGAACCGGAUGAAUCAAGUUUAGGUGCAAGGCGUAGAUGGUGGAUUGAGAAAGGAAUCGUUCCAUUCCUUGAUGCGUCUGGGCGCUAG